GCUCAAGGGCAUUGUAUCGCUUCAAGCAAAUUGCCACUCCGAUAAGAGUAUACACGACGACGUUACUCGUUGAGGGCUGCAAGGCAGUCGCGACAAACGCCGCCGAUAGCUUCACCAUCUUGCGUCACGAUGAGGAAAGGGAAGGAAGAUGUCCACGGCUUUUGAAGGCCUCGCAAGCGGUUUGCGCGGCUAACGCGUCGCGCCAGCUCGGUGAUGAAGUAAGCAAGAGCAAGCAUGAGGAUCUAAUGGCAAUCGGACGUAUCGGGUCAGCGAAAACGCUUGCAGCGAUCUGCGGCUAGAUCGUGGUUCAGUCUGCAUUGGCGUUGAUGGCAAGUUGAUAGGAGCUGAGUAUGAGUGCAGCAAUAGCGGCCAUUGCGACGGUCACGCUCGCUUCAACGGAGCUUCUGACUGCUUCGGGCUGGCUGUGUGUCAAGCAAGGCAUAAUUGGCUGAGGAUGUCUUGAAGCUAGGGAUCGGGCGGAAGCUGCGAUGUUUGCUGUGGCCAGCAUUGGCUAUUGGCUCGUCAUACAGACGAUUCUCGACAGGAGCGCGCGACUUUUUGCCAGCUCGAGUGGACGACAGACUUGCAUGCUCUGUGGCUGUUCACGAGCUGCCCGUACCACACACCGCCUGACUGUUCGUGCGAACAGUCUUUGCAACCCUUCUGCAGCUCGACUGCGGCCUCGCCUGCCGUCUACGCUCGACAUCGAGCAAAAGUCACAGAGCUUGUCUACGAGCUCUUUCUUGACGACGACUCGCCCCAUACAGCUUUCCCAGUCCAACAGAAGUCUCUCAAGCUCGAACGUCAUCAUGAGCUCAUCUAUAGAACCUUCUGCAGCGCCUGAGCCAGCCAGCACAGCCAACCAGAGCAAUGCCCCAGAAAGCCAAGUCGACGGCGAGUCCAAAGGUCCAAGCAAGAGUGAGCUCAAAAAGAAGGCAAAGGAGAUGGAGAAGGAGCGCAAGAAAGCCGAGCGAGAGGCAAAGGAAGCGGAGGCUCGUCAAGCUCGAGAGGCAGCCGAUGUCGACUUUGCGCAGGACAACUACGGCAAGCUCCCUUUGAAUCAAUCGCAAACGCGUCCGGGCGAAUCAUACACCCAUGUCGGAAAGCUCACGGCCAACAAUGACGGUCAGGAGGUCCUGUUCCGAGCUCGUGUGCACACGACCCGGGCACAAGGAGCCAAGAUGGUCUUUGUUACUUUCCGUCUGACUGAGGAAAGCGGACAAGAGAUGAUCCAAGGCAUCGCCAAUGUUGAGCCCAAGUUCGUCAGCAAACACAUGGUCAAACACCUGCAGCUUCUUCCGAAGGAGACCAUUGUCCUCGUACGAGGACGCGUGCAACUGCCUAUCGAGCCUGUCAAAAGCUGUACCGUCCAGGAUGCCGAGAUCAAGAUCGCGCAGCUGCAUACUAUCGCCGAACCAUCAAAGGAGCUGCCCUUCUCGCUCGACGAUGCGUGUAGAAGUGCAGCCGAGCUCGAAAGACCAGACAGUGAGUUCAACGUGGUCCAUGCCCCAACACGUCUCGAUAGCCGUUUGUUCGAUCUGCGCUCGCAUACGAAUCUGUCCAUUUUCAAGAUCAACUCUGCUAUCUGCCGCUUGUUCAGAGACUAUCUGACCUCAAAGAACUUUAUCGAGAUUCAUACACCCAAAAUGCAAGGCGCAGCGACAGAGUCGGGCUCGAGUGUCUUCAAGGUCGACUACUUCAAACGACCUGCCUUUCUCGCUCAGUCACCUCAGCUGGCAAAACAAAUGUGCAUCGCCGCCGACAUGGAGCGUGUCUUCGAGAUUGGACCUGUCUUUCGAGCGGAGAACUCGAACACGGCAAGACAUAUGACCGAGUUCACGGGACUCGAUCUGGAAAUGACAUUCAACGAACACUACCACGAAGUCGUCGAUCUGCUGGACGAGAUGCUCAAGUUCAUCUUCACCUCACUGCAAAAAGACCUGCGCAAAGAGAUCGACGACGUACGAGCGCAAUAUCCGAGCGAAGACUUUGUAUUCCCAGAAGAGACUGUAAAGCUGCCCUUCCACGAAGGAGUGCGCCUGCUACGCGAAGAUGGAUGGAAAGACAACGGACAGGAAAUUGGCGAUUACGAUGAUUUCAGCACUCCGACAGAGAAGCGCUUAGGAGAGAUUGUCAAGGCAAAGUUCAACACCGACUACUACAUCCUCGACAAGUUUCCGUUGGCCGUGCGACCGUUUUACACCAUGCCUGAUGGUCAGGAUCCGAAACUCUCAAAUUCAUAUGAUUUCUUCAUGCGCGGAGAGGAAAUUCUGUCCGGUGCGCAACGAGUACAUACGGCUGACUUGCUCGAGAGUCGCAUGCGCGAAGUCGGCAUUGAUCCGAAAGAGAUGGAGGAAUAUGUCGAUGGGUUCCGAUGGGGCACGCCGCCCCAUGCAGGUGGAGGAAUUGGCCUCGAGCGUGUGCUGAUGCUGUUCCUCAAGCUCGGCAACAUCAGAUGGGCUUCGCUCUUCCAUCGUGACCCAAAGAGUUUCCCCGUGCCUUCGACGCAGACAGAAGCAGCAGCGGAACAUGCGGCUGUCCAUCCGCCGAAACCCUUGUCAUAGACGCGCGCAUGACCGCAUACAAGCACAAGCAAGCCCAAUAUUGCAUUGUUGCCCUACUCUAGGCUAGCUCUCGGAGUUUCGUUCAAUGCGCUGCAUAUAAAGCAUCAGCUUGAAACUAAUCGAUGAUGGUAGCUUUACCUUCGGGCGUAUUGGCAAUGUAGUCGAUAGCCUCGGCAAUGCUCGUGAUACGGCUAUCGAGCAGUGUGUGAGCACAAAGGGCCGAAAGCAGCAGGAAAUAGCACGAACUCUGCCUCUUCAUCUGGGAUCUCGAUACUGAACUCUUCCUGCACGGUCGCUGGAUAUGAGCCGUUGGACGCGUCUCGAGCAUGACGACUUGCCUCAACGGCCAUGACGACCUCGACGGCAUCAA